AAUUUACCUAUUUAGGUUGCUGAAUAAAUCCGAGGUCCUUGAGAGCAAUCUGAGCAUUCCAAUAUAGUAUGAACGUUACGGGAAGAAACAGAGGAAGAAUUUAAACGCAAGGGCAUCAUCACCAUAAUCCGAAACAGCAGCAGGAAUGGGAAGAAGAGUAUGAAGAAGCUCAAAAGAUGAUUAUCGUGAUGAUAGCCGAGAGAAGCAGCCAAGUAAGCAGUUUUCUCAAAACUCAUUACCACAUUCAUAUCCGGUUCUAUGCUUAUACCCCUCUUUUGCAAAGUGGGCGCAAGCUUUUAACUUAUUUAUGUCUAUUUAAAUCAAAAACACAUGCACCCACAAUGCUUAAGGAUCAUCGAUUUUGUGGGUUUUCAAGCAAAAGUAGGACGCCCCUACUCAGUGUUGAUGUUGAAGAUAAUGCAUUGAUAAACAAUGCCUGUGCAAUGGCCAGAGAAAACCGUUGGGAUGAUUUGGGGGCCUCCACAUUGCUGAAAUCCAAGCUUGCUCCUCUUUAUGUGUCUCAAGUACUUGUGAAGUUGAGAGAAGAUGCUCCACUGGCACUCAAGUUCUUUAGGUGGGCAAGCCUACAACAAGGUUUUCAACACACCACAGAAUCAAGUUGCAUUCUUGCUCACAUCCUCUAUAAAAGCAGAAGGUACGCACAAGCCGAAGAAGUUAUCAAGAAUCUUGUGGCACAAAAAGGUAAAUACCCAAAGCCAGACCUUUUUGAGAUGUUGAGGGCAACUCAGAGGGCCUGCAAUUCUCCUCCGCGCGUCUUUGAUUCCCUUUUGAGGGUCUAUACAGAAGCUAGGAUGGUGGAGGAGGCCACCGAUAUUUUUUAUAGGAUGAAAACGUUUAAGAUUAUUUCUUCUGUUUAUGCUUGCAAUAUGCUAUUGCAGAGGCUUUGCAGAUCAAACAAAAAGGAUUUGGUAAUAAAGUUUUUGUUGGACAUGAGGGAAAGUGGGGUUAUACCCAACGUCUUCUCAUACAAUAUUGUGAUUAAUUUUUUGUGCAAAGAGGGUGAUUUGAAAAGCGCAAGGGACUUGUUUAGGAAAAUGGAAGAAAUAGGGUGCAAGCCAGAUGUUGUCACUUACAAUUCAUUGGUGGAUGGUUAUUGCAGAGAAGGAAAACUAGAGGAGGCGAUUAGAUUUUAUGAUGAAAUGAAGGAAAAAAAUUGUAAUCCCGAUGUUGUAACUUACAAUACCCUCAUUAAUGGGCAUUGCAAGCAUGGGCAACUGCAGAAAGCAGUAGAUUUUUUCAAUGACAUGUCUCAUAAGAGAAUCUCGCCCAACGUGAUUACACUCAGUUCACUUAUUGAUGGGCAUUGUAAGGAAGACAGGACACUAGCAGCAAAUGUGGUCUUUGAAGACAUGAAAAGACGUGGACCGUCUCCCAAUGAGUUCACUUUUACUUGUCUGAUUGAUGGAAAUUGUAAACAGGGCAAUCUGAAAGAAGCUCUCAAACUCUAUGAUGAAAUGCUAGCAUCUGGUCUAGUUCCAAACAUUGUCACAUAUGGUGCUCUAGUCGAUGGUUUAUGCAAACAAGGUAAAUUAGAGGAAGCCGUUGAUCUUUUCAGGAAAAUGUCGGAGAUUAAUGUGACUCCUAACAAAUUCAUAUUCACAGUUCUAAUUCAUGGACAUUUCAAUCAGGGUCGUGAACAGGAAUCCUUGGAAUUAUUUGAUAAAAUGCAAGAGCUAGGUAUUGAACCAGAUGUUUCAGCCUAUGGUGCCGUAGUAUCAGGUUAUUGCAAUCAAGGUAAGUUACAAGAAGCCACAAGAUUUGUCCGUGGAAUGAUGGAAAGGGGUUUGAACCCUAAUGUUGUUGUCUAUACCACUUUGAUUGAUGCUUAUUUCAAAGUAGGCAAUAUGAAGGAUGCUCUCAAUCUUUUUAAUGAACUUUUAGCCCGAGGUAUUGCUCCUGAUCUUAUUACUUUUUCUGUGCUCAUUGAUGGACUUUGCAAGCAAGGCAAAAUAGAGGAAGCAAAAGAGAUUUUUAGACAAAAAGUCACAGAUAUGCAACCGAAUAUGCUUAUAUACACAACACUCAUUGAUGGGCUUUGUAAAGAUGGAAAUCUAGAGGAAGCUAAGCUGUUUUUGAGAGAAAUGUUGGAAAACGGUUUGGUUCCUGACAAAUAUACUUAUACAGCCUUCAUUGUUCAAAGUGUAAAGGAGGGGAAUAUGCCUGGGGCUUUUGACCUAAAAAGUAAGAUGAUAGAAAGUGGUGUUGAACCUGAUUUACAUACAUAUACUUCUCUUGUAUGGGGACUUAGUCAUAAAGGCCUUGUGCAAGAAGCAAUGCUGAUCUAUGAUGAAAUGACUGGGAAGGGUAUUGAACCUGAAUCUAUCUUCUAUAAAUGCUUAAUUAAAGGAUUUAUUGAAACAGGGCAUAUGGAGGAAAUUCCCAAACUGCUGAGUGAAAUGCAAAAAAGAGGCAUUGCCUUAAAUGAAAUUUCUAUUUGCAGUCCUGCUGAUAAUCACUGCAAUGCAGAGAGUGAACAGAAAGUUGCUAACAUAUAUGAUGAAAAGAAAGGGAAAGAUACACUUUAAAUCCACCAUUUUUUAGAGGAAUAAGUUUGACAACAUGAUCCUCAGCUGUGACAAUUUCAGAAGUCUAAGCAAUGGACCAUUAAACGGAUAUUUCUUUAGUGACACAACUUGAAUUUUUGAUCUUUCUAAACCAAGAUAUUGACAAGAGCAGAUCAAGGAAAUGGUUAGUAUUUGUGCUCGCAAUUGUGAUUAUCCUAAUAUAUAUUCACACACAUGUCAUAAUUGCAACCUAUUUUAAACUGCAUAAAGGCCUUCAAAAACAAUAAUUUCAACUCAGGAUCGAAGUCAGAAGAUGCCAUUUUCGGGGGCAUUACAUUACAUGUAAACAUUUUUUCUGACUCGAAAGCUCUUGGAAGCCGCGGCUGUUGAUUUAAUUGAGGAAUAAAGUCAGGAAAUGCCUUUUUCAGGGUUUUUACUCAACAUGUACACAAUUUUCUUGACUCUGAAGGCUGUUGGAAGCAUAGACAUUGCUUCUAAGGACAUAAUCUAUGUUUAAAACAUGGUGCGACUGACACAAAGCUCUUGAAGACUUCUGAAAUCUCUAUGGCACAAAGGUCAUUGCAGUGAUUACAAACCAAUUUCUAGGGAUAACCAGGUUAUCUACAAUCAAAUGCACACGAUGACUAUUAGCUGGAGUGAUUGCACAAGUCUUCAGACUGUUAACUUGCUGAAGUCAAACAAUUUCGUGGCAAAUAUCAUUUGGUACGCCUUUCUCAAGAAGUUAGAGCCAAUUUCCAUAUUUUGUCAACCAUGUUGAAGAAUCUCAAUGUUUGUGACUUCUGUAGCUUGCACCAAUUGACAUUGAACUGGAAUGCCUGUAUCAAGAGUCAAUCACCAUGCUGCACUGGAGGCAUAUCGGGAAAUGUAAUUGUCUCUGUAUCCAGUAGUUCUAAUUGAUGGCAAUGUAAUUCCAAGAAAAAUAUUUUAAUGCCCAUUUACUUUUCCUUCAUUGGAUUCAUAGUUUAAAUGAAUAUCCUUCCUUUUUUGCCGUGUUGAUUGUAUCAUUUACAAAUGAACUAUUUGUGGAUGUUAUUGCUCCUAUUAUGUUGUGGAUUUGGCACAACGGGAGUUACUGGAAUAGCAUUUCAUGGAUACCAGUAAAAAUCAUCAAUGAAAGAGCACGGAGAUAUAAAAAUGCAUAAUGUUAAAUGAACCACGUAUUAUUCCAAUUUAUUUUGUGUUCUUAUC